AACAAGUUAUGUCGAAUAAAAGUAAGUGAAAAAAUAAACUGGAUGUAAAUCAAAAGUAUUAAAUUGAUUUAAAAAAAAAACCUAGAACUAGAAAAAUGAAUCUAGAACUUACAAUCGAUGAAACAGAAGUAGACGUCGAUGUCGAAGAAAAAGGACAGGAAAAAACUGUUUGUGCUCGACUAAUCUUUACGAAAGAACAGAAAAGAGAUCUUCACGAAGCUUUCGAUCUACUCGAUUUUAACGGGGAAGGUAAAAUAAAAGCAGAAGACUUUCGAGUGGCAAUAAAAGCUUUAGGCUAUGAACCGACUAAAGAGGAACUUCAGAAUAUGAUCAGCGGCGUUGACAAGGGGCAAACCGGGAAGUUAAGUUUUGAAAAUUUCGAAACCGCCGUCAUGAGAAAAGUCAUGUCGGUCGACACUGACGGCGACGUGAUGAAAAGUUUUCGUCUCUUCGAUGUUGAUGAUACUGGGUUUAUAAGUUUUGAGAAUUUAAAACAAGUAACUCAAAUACUUGGAGAAAAUUUGACUGAUGAAGAAAUCGAAGAAAUGAUUGAUGAAGCUGAUAAGGAUUUUGACGGAUAUAUCUCAGUUCAAGAAUUUAUGAAAAUGAUAAGGAACUCCGUUAAUAUUGUAACUCCUUGAAUUUGUAAUAUAGAAUUGUUUUUAUAGCAUGGUAUUUUUUUUUUAAUAAAAGAAAAAAAGAAACAUA